GAUGAUGGGGUGUCGGGUGUUUUUUUGGGUGUCGGGUGUUCUGCUCUGACUCUUGUCUCUUCUCCUCAGGUCCCUGGAUUACAGCUGCAGCAUGCCUCGCAAAAUUGAAGAGAUCAAAGAUUUCCUGCUGACAGCCAGGAGAAAAGAUGCCAAGUCUGUUAAGAUCAAGAAGAACAAGGACAAUGUGAAAUUCAAGGUUCGCUGCAGCAAGUACUUGUACACAUUAGUCAUAACAGACAAAGAGAAGGCAGAGAAGCUCAAACAGUCUCUACCUCCUGGUCUGUCUGUGAAAGAACUGAAGUAAAUUUGCUUCCCGACCUCUUGUACAAUAAAAAUGUAAAAGAA